GAAAAAAUAAAUGACAUUUUUGGGCUGUGCCUGUGUCUUCGACUGACUUCACCUUUUAUUAUAUCUUCUUCCAGCACUGCGUUGCGUUUGGAAACUCUGAUUACUUAGAGAUCUCAAAUUUUGAUUUCGGAGAUUAACAGUGGGAAGGUGUUGCAGAUUGAUUUGGUUGUGGGAAGAUGCACCCUCCUUUAACAUUGCACAAACACCCAAUGUGUGCUGAAAUUAUUGAGCAGUUUCAAAAGUGUCAUAUAGAACAUCCUAUUGCAAAAUUCUUUGGUGAAUGUACUGAUUUAAAAAUAAAAUUGGAUCGCUGUUUCAGAGAAGAGAAAGCUUUGAAGCGGAAGGCCAACUUUGAAGAGAGCAAAAAGUUGAAGGAACAGUUGAGAGCUUUGAGGAAAGAAAAUGCUGCAAGCAGUGGUCAAUAGAAGAAUCUUUUAAAAUGUUGAAAAUACGAAAUUGUUUUGCAAAUUACAAUCCACAAUUUUGUGCAAGGGCUCGAUAUGAUAUGUAUCUUGCAGCCUUAAAAGAGGGUUAUUGCAGAUAAUAUUGUUUGAAGUAUAUCUGAUGCUCUUGCCUUCAGUGCUCUA